UGCCGUUUGGAGGAGUGAAAGAGCUUUUUACUGCUUAUAAUAGUUAUAAUGUUGUGUAUUCUUUUUUCUAGCUUAAUAGCUACAUUUAUCAGCCUGUGUCGACACAUUGUUGACACAUCAAAAACAGCUGUCUACCGGUGUCUUUUCUCUCUCCUUUCUGACAGUCAUCCGAGCCUUAGUCAGAGUUUAUAACAAAAACAAAGGACAGGCUUGUGGGGUGUUUUGUAUUACUCGUCAAGUUUUGUUCUUAGUCAGUGAAAAUGCGUUUCUGCUAAUAGCUAGCUAAUAGUAACUUAACACCUGGCACCAUUUCAUUUGUUACUAUGGUAACCGUCAGGCGUCAGUGCGGUAAAUGGAGCUGUGAGUGUGCUGGGUUGUCAGACAACAGUUGGACCACACACACUCAUAUUGUGUUGUAGCUGAACACAACUAAACCAGCCGUGAAAGAAAAGAGACUUGAGACAUGGACAACUGUGAUUUGGAGAAGCUCUCUGUCUCUGGUGGUGUUAAGCUCCAUCCAGCCUUCACACCAGCAGUUACAGACUACACAGUGACAGUGGAGAGCAGUGUCAGCAAAGUGACUCUGGACCUGCUUACCAGUGACUGCGGGGCUUCAUACAGUAUUCUCUUUGGUGACGGCUCCAGAACCGUCAAACUGAAUGAUGGGUUAAACAGAGUAGAAAUCGAGGUGGUAGCUGAGGAUGGCACCAUAAAAAGAUACUCCGUAGGAAUCACCAAGCUGUCUGCAAAGAUCGCAGAGCUCAGUAGUCUUAUUGUGGAAGGAGAUAUUCCACUUCGCCCUACAUUCUCUUCUAAAGUCUAUGAAUACAACAGUAUUGUUCCCUUUCAUUGUAAUGCGGUGACGCUGCUUCCUAAAGUGCCAGACAAAAACAUAAAAGUUACAGUGAAUGGGGCAGACAGCUCACAACCAGUUCUUCUGAAUUUUGGAGACACUGUGGUGGAGAUCUCAGUCUGUUCAGCAGAUGGCAGUAAUUCACAGGUGUACACAGUGUCGGUGACUCGAGAGCUAAUUCCCAUGGCUGUGACCUUCACUGAUGGGAAGCAGCAGCUGGACUAUGAAUGUCCAGUGUCCCUGAGUGCUUUUUAUAGGCCUGUAUCUAUCAGCCACAGUGACCCAAAGCACAUCUUCUCAAGGCCUUAUAUUGAGAUGCUGGCACGAAGAUCCAAAGUCGACCCACUUAGUGACUGUCCACUGGGAGACAGCUGGAAGGUCGUUGAACUGGACCUUGACAGGGAGAUGUCUGCUGCUCUGGUCAAAUGCUUCUUUACUUACAGAGGAUGUGACAGUGUAAUGAAACUGUCUGAGCUGGGGUCACACUUUCUGGACUGUCCACAUAAGCCCACAGGGGACCUAGAUGCAAAGGAUGUGACAGAGACAAGUUGGUAUAAGAAGCACUUUGCAUCAUCUAGUUGUUUGGAGACAGAGACUAAACACCAUUUGGAGGUGCGUAACUGGGAGAAAAGACUACAAAUGACAGCAGGUGAAGACAGUGUGGAUAAACUGUGCACCUUAGCCAAGGAUCACCUGAAAUUCUACCGGCAACACCUGCCAAAACCAGGGGACAUGUUGCAGUAUGAGGAUGGCCAGUCUCCUCUGCAAAGCCUGGAGCAGGCUGCUGUCCACUACGCAUCAGCUAUCCGACUCAGCUCCAGAGAUGCCAGACUCCACUUCCUGUUGGGCCUUGUUCUGGAGGAGCAGCACUAUGCCACAGAGAUGUAUGGCCUCCAGAGGAAGGCUGACAGGGACAGAGAUGAAUUAAGCGAUGCCAAAUCGACAGCACGUCAGGACGACAUCCUGGCUGUGUGUAAACUCCACGGGUUCCUCGGCACGCCCACAGUGGAGAACCAGCUUCAGGCCUUGGAUAAAGAGUAUCAGCAGCUCAAAGAGCAGGGGCAGUCCAGUAAAGCAGACUAUGUUCAGACUCUCUACAUCUGGCUCUCCAAGAAAACUGGCAAGGAUAGCGGUUCAGCUGCGCGCGAUGAGGAGAACUGCGUCCACCGAGCUCUGAUGAAAUACCUGGACGCUUGGUCUCUGAGUCCAGACAGCUGGGAGUACAACCUCCAUGUGGGAAGGCUGCUGCUGCUGCUGCAGGGGAGGAGCAGGGAGGCCCUGCAGCAUCUCCAGAGCGGCCUAGCACUGCGCUCCUUACAUCCUGCACUCAGAUUCUUCACUGGGCUGGCUCUGCUGCAGCAGGAGCAGAAAGCCACCGAGGACACAGAGAAGGAGGCUGCCCUGUUCUUACAACAGGGACUGGAGCACUUUGUCAGCCAGCGCUGCAGCAAGAGCUGGGUGGAGCAGGAUCCAUCCGAGCCCCUGUCCAGCCUCAGCACCCAGUUCCUACGAGGUCUUCUCACUCUGGGUCAGCUGCAACAGAGAAACACGCUGUCUGAGAAGGCCAUGAGUGCUGAACAGGUCUAUCACACCGUAGCGGUGCUGACUGCCCAGAGUGUGAGUCAGUGCGUGUGCCGUGGUGAGGUGAGCAGGCAGCUGGAGUGGGUGUUGCUGGAUGCUCACUUCGCCCUGCUGCAGAGGCUGAUCCAGCAGGGUGAGCGCCAGGCCAAGGCUGGCAUCAAGAGGCAGUCCCUGGUGGCAAAGAGAUGCCAGGCCCUGACGGCUCUCAUACGACUCACCUCCAUCGCCUCCUGUCAGGAGCUGCUUGACAUGCAGGAGAGGGCAUGUCAGCUGGCAGUAGUGACCACACCACGGGACAGCCAUGCCCUGUGCCUCUUGGGUCUGGCUCAGCUGGCUCAAUAUGACAACAACCCAAAUUCAGACAGGUCAAAGGAAGCCAUAACUGACGCCUGCCUCAGCUUCCAGGCCAGCAUUGAACUGGAAAACAAGACUCAGAGCGGAGAGACACCUGAACAGCUGAGCAAACAGAAGUGGUGGCAGGACCGGCAAGAAGCUGAAAAUGAGAAAGCCACCAAGCAGUCCAUCGCCCAACCAGCAGGAGUGAAGGGCCCUUCUGACACCAGUGUGGCCAAGAGAGGAGUUAGGCGGGGCGGGGGACCCGGUCAAGCACGGGUGGCAGCAGCUGUAACCAAAGCUCCCGCUCCCGCACCCCCAGCCCCCAUCAGGGGAGGGAAAGCCGCCCGGACCGCAGCCAAAACUCCUGCAGCCAGGGGGAGAGCUGGAGCAGCAGCCAAGCCAGAUGGAUCAGUUAAACCUUCCAACAGUGGUGCUAAACCCCAGCUCCCUGCCAUCAAGUCUAAACAGAACUGUCGCCCUGAUACUGUUGAGACAGCAGAGGAGCGUCCUGUGGAAGACAGAGUCAGUGUGUCCACUCCACUGAACCGCAGGUCUCAUAUCUCACGGCUGGGUCUGGCCCGCGCCCUGUCGCGUUCUGCAGGCACCCAAGACCAGGCAAAACACCUCUACCAAGAGGUCAUCUCCAUCGCACCAGCGGUCCAUGAUGCUUACAUUGAGCUUGUGCAGCUUCUGGAGACGUCAGACCCUCAGGCUGCAGUGGAGGUUUACUGCAGAUUCCCUCUCAAGCCUGUGGCUGAGCAAAGCUUUGACGACGCCUUCAUCACAGGAGAGAUCGUCCGCAUGCUGAUGACGAUGGAGCAGUACGACCACCCGCAGCUGGGCCCCAGCCUCGUAGCAUACGGCAAAGUCAUGGGCCUAAGUUGCAUAGAGAAAUACAUUGACAUCUUGGAUGGAAAGUCCAUGUACAAACUGCUGAAGAGCGUCUACGCGAAGAUCCACGACAGACAGGAGGACGAUCAGGAACUACAGGACUUCUUCAGGUUCAAAUGCUGGAUAUAAUAAUGCUGGUAACCUUCUAGCAGAUGCCUGUAUUAACCCUGGCUCCUUAAGUGACUCACAGUUUGUUUACUCUGCAUCAAAGGACAUCUUUUGUCUUGAGUUGAUAAGACACUUACUGUGUUCAUACAAACAGUACUUCUCUUCACUUUACUUACUCCUGAUGUCAUUAAUAAGCCUUUCAUGUUGGACAGAGAACACUGAGAAAAUGUUCUUUUUUUCUCCAAAAGCACAUUUAAUUUGAAAACACAGAGUUCUCAUUAAAAUGUCAUAUCAAAAGUAGCAACUUUAACAAUAGACAAAAUUGGAGUACAACAUUCACCAACAGUGCAACAAAAGACUGGUUUUUCAGAGAGCAUCCUACAAAAAUGGAAACAAAUAAAGAAAUUAAAUCUUGAUCUCCAAAGUGUUA